CCAGUGAGAGAGAGAGAGAGAGAGAGAGAGAGCUUGAGGAAGAGAGAAAACGCAAUGGAGGAGAGAAGAAAGGGGUGCUCUGUCACCGCUGAAGCUCCACCGCCGCUGCUAGGGCUUGUUGUCGUCGCCGUUCUGCCACCGCCAGGCUGCUGUACCGCCGCUGAGGAUCUCGAAGGGAUGUCUCGCCACUGUUGUGCUCUGUCGCUGCGCUGCCAUCGACUGGAGCUCGCCGCUGAGCUGCAGCAUCGUCUCCAAGCCGUUGCGUCACCGCUCAUCUCUUCUUCACCAUCGCCGCUCAUCACCAUGGUUGUAUCCUCUGUCACCAGUUCGAAGGUGUGUAUAGUUUUGAUAGUGGCUAAUUGAGAUAGAGAAGAUAUAAAAUCAGGACAUGGAUUUGUUGUUGGAGAUGAAGGGUACAGGCAGGACAGUGACAUUCAGAAAGUUAAGCUUUCAAGGGAGGCAUUGACACA